UCUCUCUCCCUUGGUAGACUAGUGAAGUCAUCUUUCUUCAUCUGCUCCUUUUAAGCCAGCAUUUUCGAGAGGGAGGUCCCUGUGAAGCAUAUACAAACACUCAGUCAAGCAUCCACACUCGUCCCCACACGCUGCACUAGUAGAACGCAGAGAACUGACCUAUUCCUUCACACAGAACGGGAAGUUGAAGUGACCUGACAUCAAGAUGGCAACAAAGGGAGUCGGCAUGGCUAACAAAGGUCCAUCCUUCGGCCUGAGCCGGCAGGUUCAGGAUAAGAUCGACAGCAAGUACGACACUGAACUGGAGCAGAUCCUGGUGGAGUGGAUCAGCCGUCAGUGUGGAUCUGGUGUGGGGAAACCAGAGGCAGGCAAACUGGGCUUCCAGACCUGGCUGAAAGACGGAUGUGUUCUGAGCGAACUGAUUAACAGUCUGUUCACCUCUGACAAACCCGUGAAGAAGAUCCAGAGCUCAAGCUCGGCCUUCAAACAGAUGGAGCAGAUCUCCCAGUUCCUCAACGCUGCCGAGAAGUAUGGCGUCACCAAGACCGACAUGUUCCAGACCGUGGACCUCUGGGAAGGUAAGGACCUGGCAGCGGUGCAGAGGACCCUGUCAGCGCUGGGCAGCUUGGCCGUCACUAAGGAUGAAGGCACAUACAAAGGAGAGCAGAACUGGUUCUUCAAGAAAGCCCAGGAGAACAAGCGAGACUUCAGCGAUGACCAGCUGAAGGCGGGAAAAAAUGUGAUUGGCCUACAGAUGGGGUCCAAUCAGGGAGCCAGUCAGGAGGGCAUGAGCUAUGGAAGACCCCGGCAGAUCAUGUAAAAUCACUGAGCGACAGAUACCCUGAACCCCCUCAGCCCCUUACACCUUCUUAGAGCCUGUAAGCGUCUAACCGGUCCACUAUGACUCCCCUUUCAUCGUAAAAAUAAAAUAAUUUCUUUAGAAUUUAGCUACUUUCUAACAAGUACCCCCAACUUUCUGGUCUUGACACUUGCCCUGAGCCCCUUAUGUAUAUGCUCGCACUGGUGAUCUUAAGUGGACAUAGUAACCAUACAAAUGACCAAUGCAUAAAAACAAUACAAUGACAAUGUGCCAAACGUUGAGCUGUCCCUUCCUAAUAUGAAACAGCACUGAUAUUACAGAUAAGGGACAACUCUUGUUAGCCUACAUAACAAUGUCCGAAUUAUGAUAUGUCUUUAGAUUUUAGAUUCUGACACAAAUAUCAAUCCGUGUUUACAUAACUUACAGACGGGAUAUUCUUUCCAAAUUGAGAAGUGACACCACCCAUGACGUACCAAUACUUGGUAUAUAUUUACAAUAUUGUUCCUUGUUCAUUGUUCCUACCUACCACUUCCCACAAUGCAACGCCUGCUGUAUCAGCGCCAAUAUUUUUGUACAUUGUCUUAUUAAAUAAUGACUUUGAAAUGCAA